AUGGCCUCUUGUUCAACUUCAAAUCACAGUUCACCAUCUGGCAGUUUGCUUCCCCAAAUUUUAUCUAAGCAUCGACCGCUUGAGGUCCCUGUGAAUACCGCUCCUUCGCCUGAAAGUAAUCUGUCGAACAACGAAUACAUUCUUAGUGAUUGCAAACUCAUGGCGGCGAUGGAUGAAAAAUUUCUUGAACUUCUGCCUCACUUUGAAGCUCUAAAGAGAAGCCAGUGUUACAUCAGGAAUUUCCUUCGAAGAAAGGCAGAAAAAGUCAGAAGAGGUGAAAACGUCGACGACAACUUAACAGACUGGAUGGAAGACGGCAUGGGCUCUGCUGAAGAAAAUGAUGGCCAAUUAGUUACUCCAGUAAUUCUACUUCCACGGCUCUUUGAAAGUAAAGCCGAAAUGGCGAAGCUUGAGAAUCGUUCAUUUGUCUUUAAACUUUGGCUUCGAAGAAUAAAUAUUACAAGAUGUGAGAAUUACGACGAAUACAUCUCCCUUCAGGAUCUUGAGCACGCCAUUUAUGAAGUCCAUGAAGCUAUCGAGGAAUAUAAAGAAUUUAUUAUCAUGAACUUCUACAACAUGAAGAAGCUAGAGGAAAUGGGCCCUUUCUUUGCAGACCGCCAGGAGGCAUCAAUAAAUAAGGUUUUAGAAGAGCAAGAAAAAGCAAGUUUUAAAUUGACGAUGGAGGAUAUUGACCGGUUUCAUUGCCCUAAUGCUCGACUGAGCGCUUUGCUUGGUCUUAAACUCGACUUCCUCGACCGUCUCAAGGAAGUGCCACCAGAACAUUGUGAGCAUCGAACUCUUGGCGACUGGAUUGUUGUCUUUUUACGCAACAACAUAAUUCGAGAAACGUUCACAUCCAAAGACAGCAACGUAGUUACGAAGGAAUUGCUUGAAGCAAUCGGUUUUGACCCCCUAAGUACUACAGUUGAAACUAUCAUUUCGCGUUCAAGAAACAUGCAACGUCACAUCGAGGCGUACGAGUGGGCAGAGAUUUUCAUUAGAGAUGAAGUUAAGUACCAUCCUUUGCUGUAUUCCCUAUCAAGUCCCUAUCCUUUCCAAGCCAAUUUAAUUAACUCGUGGUUUCAACUGCCAAGCAGAACAAAUGAAGAAAGCGAAUGUGAAAUAGACCCAUGCCAAGUUAACAUCAUGAACCUCGUGACAGAGGAAUCCAAAGCGAGUAAUGCCACUCAGACCAUCCUUAAUGAAUUUUUGCCAAGAGAAGAGCAACUGCUUUUUCAUGGUACAGAUCACUUCAGCGCGGCCGACAUCUUCCUCCGAGGGAUAGAUUUGAGCGCUGGGCGGCAGAAGCGUGAUUUUAGCUGCGGAUCAGGCUUUUACUUAUCCAACAGUUUAGACAGUGCAUUAAACUGGGCCAAAAGCACCACAGCCAAACCAGCCAUUCUGGUUUUCAAAGUGAAUGGCGAUAUUUUAAAUGAUGCAAGACCACUAAAUUUGAUCAACAAUGAGGAAAGAUGGAGUGAAAUUGUAUCGUCAUUUCGACUGGGUCGACGGACGGCAAAAACGCGGAAGAGUUUGAAUUCAUUUGACUUCAUCGAAGGUCCUGUUGCUACAUUAGCAUCCAGCGAAUCAUCUGAGGUUAUCUUUGAGCCAAAACCCUCGUCCCAUCAAAUAUGCCUAAUAUCAGACGAAUUUGGAGAAAAAUUUCACCAAACUCUUCAUUCUAUAAUAUUCUACUACUUUUCUUAA